AUGACAAGACAUUGUGCAUAUUGCCUUAAAAGUAUUGAAGGAGAUGAAAUUAAAAAAUGUGCAGGAUGUAUGCGUAGAACAUAUUGUUCAAGAGAAUGUCAAGUUAGUGAUUGGACAAGUAAAGGACAAUCACAUAAAAUUUGGUGUAAAGAUAAUAUUGGUGAAGAAGAUAUUGAUUGGGAAGUCAAAGAAACUGAAGGUAAAGGUUUAGGUGUAUUUGCAAAAAGAUUAUUACCAAAACAUACAAAAAUUAUGGUUGAUAGAGGUUAUAGAACUAUUAAAGAAACACCAUUUGAAUUUAUAAAUUCUUUAAUGCCACAUGGUGGCACAUUACAAGAAAAAUGGGAUUUAAAUUCAUUUUUUACAAAAGAAGGUGGUGAUAAUUUAGGUAUUAGAUUAGCAAGAGUUAAUCAUGAUUGUAGAAAUAAUGCAACAAAUAAAUUUAUACCAGAUUUAAAUUCAUUUAUAUUGGUAGCAAUUAAAGAUAUUCAAGAAGGUGAAGAGAUUUCAAUUCAAUAUUAUUUUUAUAAUGAUUUUUCAUCAAGUAAAGAGGUUAGAGAUGUUAGAGAAUCUGUUAUUAGACCAAAAUGGGAUAUUAAUUGUGAUAGUAGUUGUAUUUGUAAAAAUAAAGAAAUCAUUGAUUCAAUUCAAAAAGGUCAUGAAUUGGAUGAAUUAAUUUUUACAUUACCAAUUCGUACAGAGGAUGAUAUUAGAGAAUCAUUAAAAAAAGUUGAUGAAUUAAUUGAAAUGGGCGAAAAAUAUGCAUCUGGAAUUAUGCCAUUAGCACGUACUUAUUAUGAUGGAUUUCAAAUAGCUAUUACAAAUAAAAAUACUUUUCCAUUACAUAAGAAAUAUAUUGAAAAGUAUUUAGAAGCUUGUGAAGUAAUUGAUUCAAAACAUUCUUCAAAUUAUGCUGAAGCUUUACAAUAUUAUAAUACACCACAUCUUCAUAAAAAUUCUUAUUAA